CCCUUAAAGUGAGACUCUCCUCCGCCCCUCCAGACUUCCAACCUCAUUGAGCCUUUCUCCCAUCUUUCCUCCUUGUUCUUCUCUCCACCUUUCGCUUUUCUUUAUCCAAGCGAGAGGCGGAGCCGACGCGCAGAAGCCUCACGCAAUCGCCGUAGCUCAGGGGGUCUCAGUUUGCAAGAAAUGAUGGCUGAUCAGCCUCAUCACCCAACUGUCCUCCAGAAGGUGGCUGGGCAGUUUCAACUUGGUUCAAGCCUUUCUCAAGAUGUUCAGGCUCGCAAUGGCAGUUUUUAUAGGCCUUCAAUGUACCAGAGACGCUUUGCUUAUGGAAAUUAUAGCAAUGGUGGACUACAGUACUCACUGACACAGCCAUGCAGCAGCAGUAGCAGUUGUGAUCUGUCCAUGGUUGCCCCAGCUGCUUCACCUAUCUUUGUCCAAGCACCAAAAGAGAAAGGAUUCACCAACUUUGCCAUUGAUUUCCUUAUGGGUGGGGUUUCCGCUGCUGUAUCUAAAACGGCUGCUGCUCCCAUUGAGCGUGUGAAGCUUUUGAUCCAGAACCAGGAUGAGAUGAUCAAGGCUGGCCGUCUCUCUGAGCCUUACAAGGGUAUUACAGACUGCUUCAAGCGAACAAUCAGUGAUGAAGGGAUUGCGUCAUUGUGGAGGGGCAACACUGCUAAUGUCAUCCGUUACUUCCCCACUCAGGCAUUGAACUUUGCUUUUAAAGACUACUUCAAGAGGUUGUUCAGCUUCAAGAAAGACAGGGAUGGCUACUGGAAAUGGUUUGCUGGCAACUUGGCAUCGGGUGGUGCUGCUGGUGCCUCCUCCCUCCUAUUUGUUUAUUCCUUAGACUAUGCUAGAACCCGGUUGGCAAAUGAUGCGAAGGCAGCAAAGAAGGGUGGGGAGAGGCAGUUCAAUGGCUUGGUUGAUGUUUAUAGGAAGACACUCAAAUCCGAUGGUGUUGCUGGUCUUUACCGUGGUUUCAACAUCUCUUGUGUUGGGAUCAUUGUUUAUCGUGGUCUCUACUUCGGACUGUACGAUUCAUUGAAGCCAGUGGUUCUGACUGGAAACUUACAGGAUAGUUUCUUUGCUAGUUUUGCAUUGGGUUGGCUCAUCACAAAUGGUGCUGGCCUUGCCUCGUACCCAAUUGACACUGUUCGGAGAAGAAUGAUGAUGACUUCCGGUGAAGCUGUGAAGUACAAGAGCUCUUUGGAUGCCUUCUCUCAGAUUCUUAAGAAUGAGGGGGCCAAGUCAUUGUUCAAGGGAGCAGGAGCAAACAUUCUCCGUGCAGUUGCUGGUGCUGGUGUGCUUGCAGGUUAUGACAAGCUUCAGCUGAUCGUUUUUGGAAAGAAGUACGGGUCUGGUGGCGCCUAACUGGUGGUGGUAUCCUAUCCAAUUAGUUCUGUUAGCAGUAGAUGGUGAUGAAAACUUGAAAGAGUUAUACUGAGAAUUUAUCCGGGCGAUUUUCUUUUUUAUCUUUCCAAUAAUUUAGUUUCAAACGUCAGAUUUAAAGGGAGUUUCUCCCGGAAACUUGUUUACAAUUUUUUUGGAUGGAAUUUUGUUUUCCAGAAACUUCAUUUUAUUAGCGGUUGCAAGUGCCAACUGCGAGGGGAUUGCUUCCCGUAAUUAGGGUUACUGUGUUAAUUCUAUUAGUCAUUAAUACUAGAUCUAGUUUCUUGUUAUGCUUGAU